AUGGACUGCAGCUGCGUCUCCGACCUGCUCCUCACCUCCCCGGUGCCGGCCCUCUGGACCCCAGGUACCCCGCGGCUUCGCCUUCCGGACUGGGCGUACAAGCCGGAGUCGAGCCCGGGCUCGCGGCAGAUCCAGCUCUGGCACUUCAUCCUGGAGCUGCUGCGGAAGGAGGAGUACCGGGAGGUGAUCGCCUGGCAGGGCGACUACGGCGAGUUCGUCAUCAAGGACCCCGACGAGGUGGCCCGGCUCUGGGGCGUCCGCAAGUGCAAGCCCCACAUGAACUACGACAAGCUCAGCCGGGCCCUCAGGUACUACUACAACAAGCGGAUCCUGCACAAGACGAAGGGGAAGCGCUUCACCUACAAGUUCAACUUCAGCAAGGUGGUGCUGGUCAACUACCCGCUGCUGGACGUGGCGGGCGGCGCGCCGCUGCUGCUGGCCCCCGGGCCCUUCCCGGGGGGGGGGCACGGCCCCGACUGCGCCCCGCUCACCCCCGAGACGCUGCAGUCGCUCUUCUGCGGCCCGCGCCCCGCCGACCCCCCCGGGCGGCCCCCCCUCUUCGAGCGGCAGCAGCCCGAGGCCGAGAAGCUGCGGCUGGAGGCGGCCAUGCCCUUCCUGGGCUCCGGUCUCCCCGGCUACUCCAAGGCGCCGGCGCUGCUGGGGGCCUACGGGCGGCCGGCGGUGCCCGAGUACCCCUGGGGCUGGGGGCCCUACGUGCCCGGCGCGCUGCCGCUGCCCGCCUCCAAGCUGCCCGCCGCGCUCUACCCGCCGCCCUUCUACCCGCCGCUGCCGCCGCCGCCGCCCUCGGGGGACGAGGCCGGCAGCCCCCCCCCGCCGCCCGCCGCCGCCCGCGGCAAGGGCCCGGGCGCCCACCCGCACGGACCGCCGCCAUGCGGGGGGGCCCCGGCGCCCGGGCCGUGA